AUGCAACUUGUUUCUCUUGUCGCAACCGUCUUCGCCGCUGUCAUGUUGAUCUCCUCGCCCCAAGUCGCUGCAGAUAUCAUUGCCUGGAGUGGAAAUGCUUGCACUGGCGACGAAGGCGAUAACGUCGCUUGCGAUAAUUCAUGCCACUCCUUUGAUGGUCGACACUCUUUUGAGGUUGUUGCCAGUGGUACACACUGUGUCACAUUCUACGAGGACGAUGGUUGCAGUGGUGAACACUUCUUUUUCUCUGGGGAAGGGAAUUCGGAAUGUAUCAAUGUCGACACGGGGACGUCUAUAGGAUCUUUCAGUUGCUCUACAAACAAUGUAUGUAACAUAGUGUGA